CUUGUCUGUUGUGAGCAAAUGAAAUCCUGGCAAAGCGGGAUCUAAGCCAGUUAUCCUUCCUAAGCGACCAGAAGUCAGCGAACUUCCCGUAUUCCCAGCUACGUGUGCUCCAAGCGAAUGUCCUUAAUUCGUAAGAUUUAAAUUAGAAAAUCGUCGAAUUCUGGCAACGAUUUAUUGACUUUACAUAGAAACUCUACCAGAGAAACUUGAUGGGCUGAUGGCCUUUCGCAGAAAAAAGGAAAUAAAGUGCGUGUAAUCGAGAAGCAAAGUGUAAUCUGAUUACAUUUGCGAUAAUUACUUCUAGAAUGCAAUUGAAUGACAACAAUUUACGAUAAUGAUUAAAUGGUAAUUAGACGAUAAUUGCUAUAUAAUUACAAUGCAAUUGCUUUGUAGGAGUAAUCGUAACAAACAUAAUCAAAUUACAUGUUACCCAACAGUGCUCUAUGGUUUGUCUGCUUCGAUCAAAAUCAAAGUAGAUUAAAUUGGCGCGUCAGAGUGAAAAAUAGAGAUAGGCGAUGUCAAAGUAGAGGUAAAGGGAGUCAUUUUGAACAAAACAUAUGAUUUAGCACCAAUCACAAUCGACAACAGGGUUCGCGCUUCUUUGAUUUGAGGUUUUCUAGAACGUCGCUGCAAUGUUCCCAAAUAAUAAUUUGCAUUGACGAUCGUGGAGAGUUCGAAUGUAAAUAUCUUUUGGGUUCAACCCAGUGGUGCCAGAAAGAGGGCAUGUGUCAGUUUGCCUUUGUCGACUCCCCGAAACUCCACGAGCUCACGUACGCGUGAUCUGGCAUAGUGUGAGUAGUGCACCCGGUGCUCAAUCUGGCAUCACUGGUUCAACCCAGUUCAGUCAUUAUUUUCGCUAGGAUCUAAUGGAGACCGAAUCUGAAAUGACAGUUUUACUCAACGGCACUGGUAAUCCUUGCCGCAUUUGUCUUAGAACAAAUCAAAAUAACCAAUAUAUUUUUGGAGUUAAAUGGAAUAAUCGGGAUAGCAAAGACACCUUCGACUUAUCUGAGAAAUUCCGCUUGUGCAGCGGUGUUGAGAUAAUGGAGAACGAUGGUUUACCUACUACUAUUUGUAUGGAAUGUACAAUCAAAGUUAACAGUGCUCAUGAAUUAAGAAAACAAUGCCAGCAGUCAGAUCUCAGAUUAAGAGAAGUAUAUGGAAAAUUAAAAUCAAUGUGCAAUACAAAUAAGUUUAAAUCCACCAAAGAUCAAUUUUGCCAGACAGAGUAUACCUUUACCUAUAAUUUUAUCAAUGAAACGGAUACAGUUUCUCGACUGGAUCAUAAUGUAUCUUCAGCUCCAAAUUGUAAUUCAAACACAGAGCGUAUAGAUGAGCUUAAAGCAAUUACUAAAUCUAAUAGCAUAGACUGCAAUGAACUUAAUAAUCACCAGAAUUACACCUAUACUAAAUAUAAACAAGCAGCGUGUGAAAAAACUAUUACAGGAAAGGAAGCUUAUAGGACCAGAAGGACAACUAUGUUUAAGAGAGUGACUUCUAUGGAAAACUUAAAGAAUCAUAAGGAAAGACAAAGACAGUACAUAAAAAAGAAUACAAAUGUUAAGCGUGAUAUUGUAGAAAAUGACCAUACUUUGAACAUUGAGGAUACAGAUUCUCAAAAUUCUUAUGCUUGUCCAAAAUGUACAAGAUAUUAUUCUAAUAAAAAAUCUUUGGAAAAGCAUAUAGCAACUCAUAAUGAUAAACAGUUUAUGUGCGACAAAUGUAAUAAACAAUUUGUUCAAUUCGACGAAUUGGUAAAGCAUAACAAAUUACACAAGGUUAAAGAAAAAAUUAAACCAGUAUUAUGUAGAAUAUGUAAUAGAAAUUUCAAGAAAACUGAUACUAUGGUACGACAUUUAAAUGUUCAUAAAAGAGCUAAUCCAAAGGAAGUUCUCUCUAUUCUGAAAGAAAUUAGGGACAAAAGAAAAUUGGAAAAUAUCGGCGAAUUGAAGGAGAGGUUUAUAGAAAUUGGUAUUAAUAGUAAAAGAAAAGAAACGGGAGAAGGAUGUGUAAAUAAUGAAAAUGAUACAUCAGACAUGUUUAAAAAGUGUACAUUAGAGUGUGAAUAUACAAGUUCUAAUUCUCAUUUAUCAAAGACAAAUGUUGGCAUUGACAAACAAUUCGACGCACUUAAUGACACGACGUUUCAUCGAUGUAAACAUUGUAAUAAAUGUUGCUCGACUGAUGUACUGCUUCAAGAACAUUUGUUAAUUCAUGCAGAAAAAAAAUUCGUUUGUAAUGUGUGCAAUAUGAAAUUUUUCCGGCGAGAUAGAUUAGAAAGUCAUAAAACUCGCUAUGGGCAUAACGAAGACAAAGUGUCCUUGGAAACGCAGAAACCAUCCGAUGAUAAGUCUGCCAUUAAAUUAAUAAACAGCUGGAUAAAGGAGGAGCUUGACUCUGAUAACGAAGAGAAGGGCUUCCCUUGUAAAAUUUGUGGAAAAUCGUACGAUACUAAAAGAUCUCUCUUAAAGCAUCGGUUAAAUACGCACAAUUCGCAAGAUGAAGACUGCACGAAUUGCGGUAAAGUGUGUAACUGCGACGUAAAAGAUAAAGAUCAACAAAAAUCGAACGAAGUAUUGAAACCAUAUCGAUGCGACGAAUGUAAUAAAUCAUUUGAGAAAGAAGUCAAAUUACAGAAACAUGUAAGAAUCCAUGAACGCGCCAAAGAGCAGGAGGACGCGAAUUUCAAGAGAUUUUUGUGUCACAUAUGCAGUAAAACAUUUAGGCAAAAUACAGGUCUCAUGUUUCAUAUGAGAACACACACUGGUUACAAACCUCACGUUUGCAAAUACUGCGGGCGAGGAUUUACGUCGAAUUCGAAUUGUAUAAAUCAUGAAAGAACGCAUACUGGCGACAGGCCGUUUGUUUGUCAUUUUUGCAGUGCCGCUUUUGCCAAGUCGUGUACUUUAAAGGCACAUAUUACAACGCAUACCGGUGAAGCAAAUUACCACUGCAAAACAUGCGGGAAAUCGUUUAGAAGACUGAAGUACUUGAAAGAGCACAGAUUCACGCAUACAGGUGAAAAACCGUACGCUUGCAAAAUUUGCGGCACGGCGUACAGUCACAACGGGAGUUUGUUCGUGCACGAAAAGAAAUGUAAAGCCCAGUAUCAAAAUGCGCAAAACUAUUGCCAAUCCGAGACGUCCUCGCCAAGCAUAACUCCUAUCAUCACGAUUUUACCUCAAAACCAUUUGAACGAAGUUAUCGUUCCGUUGAACAUUCAGGAUAACAAAACUUACGUCGACGAUAUCCAGAGAAUGAGUUCCCCAAGCAUCGACAGCGUAAGCCCUGUCGGCACUCCAGAUCUGCAUGUUCAUCCAAACUCGGAUGCUUCUAAUGUUUCUUUGACCGUCAAGAAUUUCGCUUUCAUCGGACAUAUGUUUCAAUCGUAAAACGAUUUAAAUCAAUAAUUGACGCUCGAGUUAAAAUGUUUCUGUGAUAAAUUUUCAUUUUGCGAAUGUAUUUCGAUUAUCGAACGAACUGUGUUCGCAUUUUAAGAAAAAAAAAAAAAAAAAAAACGUAUAAUAAAUGCGCGAAACGUCUGUUAUUGCAUCUUUUACAAGCGUAACGCGUUGUAUAUUGCAUUUUAUACAUUAUAGGAUGUGGAGGAAUGGGUCUAUUUUGAUU